UUUGAUGACCUUCGUCCAUAUGCUCUGGUCCAGUUUGUGCCUUGCAUUGCCAUUCCUAUAAUGGCUAUUUUGUUACCUCCAAUGUACACACAUUCAACAUAUUGGCUCUGGGCUGCAGGGUUUUAUCUUUUAGCGAAAGUGCUAGAAGCUACUGAUGAGGUGAUCUAUGGAUGGACACACCAUAUUGUCAGUGGUCACACACUUAAGCAUCUAGCUGCAGCAAUGGUACCUGUAUUCUUAACAUUCAUGCUUGCUAAAAGGAAUGUUGAACCUGAGAGACAAAAUUUGCUUAAAACUUGGAGGGUUUCUUGGAUGAAGUUUAGAGAGGGCAACUUCAACAUUGGGAGCUACUCUUACUCAGGCGUGGCAGUUGUGGAGACAUAGUAUGAUGUUACUUUCCCAUACAACAAAAUAAGGGGGUAUACUGGAUUACCUAAUAUUGUUAAGCUUGAAAGUGGACCAGGUAAAGUGCCAUCACUUUCAUACAAUAAUAUUAUCCGUAAUUAACUCUGUACAGUUUCCCAUACGUACAAUGUAGAGAGUAUCUAUUUUAGUUAUGUAUGUGUUAUGUACUUUUUAUUUGUCACCUCCUUCACACUCUGGUGGUGUUUGUCUCGAAAAAAUAUACUAAAUGAAAUUAGAAUAUAUAUGCUA